CCGGUUGAGCAGACCCGGAAAUCGAGAAUGUGCGCGUCCCCUGCUUGACGUUGCCUCGCCGCGCAAACACGUUUUCAUGUCAAUUUGGUCCUUAUUAGAAAAGAUAACCCUUUAUUAUUUACCGCAAUGUUAUCGUUUGAUUUUCUCGACGAUGUCCGUCGCAUGAACAAGCGGCAGCUCUAUUACCAAGUGCUCAACUUUGGUAUGAUUGUUUCCUCUGCCUUGAUGAUAUGGAAAGGACUCAUGGUUGUCACCGGCAGUGAGAGUCCUAUUGUUGUCGUACUCAGUGGCAGUAUGGAACCAGCUUUCCACAGAGGAGACCUCCUCUUCCUGACCAACCGGGUUGAGGACCCAAUCAGAGUUGGAGAGAUCGUCGUCUUCAGGAUAGAAGGCAGAGAGAUUCCCAUAGUGCAUAGAGUACUUAAAAUUCACGAAAAGGAAAAUGGCGACAUUAAGUUUUUGACCAAGGGGGACAAUAAUGCUGUGGACGACAGAGGUCUAUAUAAUCCAGGACAACACUGGCUGGAGAAAAAGGACGUGGUGGGACGAGCUAGGGGUUUUGUGCCGUACAUCGGAAUUGUCACCAUCCUCAUGAACGAUUACCCCAAAUUCAAAUACGCCGUUCUCUUCAUGCUGGGUCUCUUUGUGUUGGUCCACCGGGAGUGACCGAGAAAACCUGUCCAACUCAUCCAGCGUUUUCUUUUUCUACCAUUUUUUGUUAGACUGGCGGGGGGUCGGGGAUAAAGCCGAGCUUUACAAAUAUUUUUGUAAGGGAACAAGGCUAGAAUUUGGGAAAUGUGUUCAUAAACGGCAUUUUUUAAAGUGGAUGUAAACCAUGUUUUUUUCUUGUCCAGUCGUUGUCUUUAAAAAGAAGUAUUUUAUGAAAUAUGAACAUUAUUAAAUAUGGACUCUGGUUACCCUCCUUUA